GGCUCCCUACUUUCCAUGCACUGAGCCAGCCAAGGUUACCACGGCUCAUAGAAGUUUUGGUGCUAGCAAUACCAUCAACUUCUUCCAGGAGACCGGGAUCAGCAGCCCAAUUCAAGUGAAAUGGAUAGUUACUGUAUAAAGGCCCAAAUACAAUUAAAUUUAUAGAGGUAGGUUGUUACCGUCAACCUUUCAAAGCCUUAAUGGUGUUGUGUAAUUACAAAGGAGUCCAAUGCUUAAGUUAUCAGAUAUACAUGAGAUUAACAGGAAGAAAAGCAAAGACUAUGGUAUUAACUCUUCCUCAGAUUACUCCAAGGAUCACUAUUUCAUAUAAUAUUCAAUUCUCGGUUACAAAGCUUCCCUUUCCACUUUAUCUUCUUUCUUCUAAUUUCUUCCACCCCCCACUUAAUGUAGCUUCCUUCCUUUUUAAAGUGGCUGGGGCAUUAUCCUAGUCCUCCACCUAGGUUGUUAUGGAUCCUUACUUGGAUACUUGUCCCAUCAAUGCCUUAUUGGUGGUGAUAGAGUAGUUUGCAAGUUGUAAUUGUACUAUUUAAGGGUCAUUCUUCCAUUAAAUGUGAUAGACUUAGUUGGUACAAUGCAUUCAAUACGGAGGUGCUGGAUGCUUUAUUAGGAAGCUUCUUUGCUCCCUUGUAGAUACGUAUUGACUCUCUUCCCUAAUCUCUUUAUCAUGUUGGCUUUGGACUGGGACCCUGACUCCUCGAGGGAAGCUCACUCCUCAGACUCCUCAGAUUGAAUACUAUUCACUUCUCAGCAUUUGGUUGCCUCAUUUGGGUUGGGCCCAAUCCAACAAAGAGUGAGGCCCAGUUGUCUCUUUAGGCAUCCUAAUGCCUCGUACUUCUGCCCCUCAGCCAACACCUUCACUAACCGUCAUCAACUCAAAAUCACUAGAUGAGCCUUCAGUGCAUUUAGCAUCUUCACAAGCAGUCCCCAACCUAGAUUCACUAGGAGAGAAUUCAGGGCAGAUUGACCUAGAUUUACUGGGAAAUACUUCAGUGCAGCCACCACCUUCACAAACCGUAAUCGACCCAGAGUUAUUAGGAGAGACUUCAGUUCAACCUUCACCUUCACAAACAGUCAUCGACCCAAAUUCACUAAGAGAGACUUCAGUGCAGAUUAACCUAGAUUCACUAAGAGAGGCUUUAGCUCAGCCACUAUCUUCACAAACCAUCAUUGAUCUAGAUUCACCAAGAGAGAAUUUAGUGCAGAUUGACCUAAAUUUACAAGGAAAUGCUUCAGUUCAACCACCACCUUCACAAACUAUCAUCAACCCAAAGUCACUAGAAGAGACUUCAGUGCAACCACCACCUUCACAAACAAUCAUCAACCCAAAUUCACUAAGAGAGACUUCAGUGCAAAUCGACUCAAAUGCACUAGGAGAGACUUCAGCUCAGCCACUAACUUCACAAACCAUCAUUGAUCUAGAUUCACUAGGAGAGAAUUCAGUGCAGAUCAACCCAGAUUUACUAGGAUAUACUUCAGUGCAGCUGCCACCUUCACAAACCGUCAUCGACCCAAAGUCACUAGAAGAAACUUCAAUGCAACCACCACCUUCACAAACAAUCAUCGACCUAGAUUCACUAGAAGAGGCUUCAGUUCAGCCACUACCUUCACAAACCAUCAAUGGCCCAGAUUCACUAGGAGAGACUUCAUUGCAAAUCAACCCGAAUUUACUAGGAGAUACAUUAGUGCAACCACCACCUUCACAAACCAUAGACCCAGAUUCACUAAGAGAGACUUCAGUGCAAAUCAACCCAAAUUUAUUAGGGUAUACUUUAGUGCAGCCUUCACAAACUGUCGACCCAAAUUCACUAGAAGAGACUUCAAUGCAACCACCACUUUCACAAACCGUCAUUGACCCAAAUUCACUAGGAGAGACUUCACUACAUAUUGGCUCAGAUUCACUAGGAGAGACUUCAGUGCAACCACCACCUUCACAAACUGUCAUAAACCUGGAUACACUUGGAGAGGCUUCAGUGGAGAUCACCCCAGAUUCAUUUGGAGGGACUUCAAUACAGCCACCACCUUCACAACCCAUUGUGGACCCAAAAUCACCCCCAAUUAAUUCAGAUAUUGAUAAAAAGAAUAUAGCAUGGCAAAACAUAGUCCUGACGUUUUGCUUCACAACAGCCAUCGGAAUAGCAAUCCAGUCCACAGAAAUGAACUCCCAAUUUCCUCCAUCUUUUCAUUGGCUUUCUCUAGCAAAUGUCCUCACUUUCUCUGCUCUCUUUGUUGCCAAAUUUGUUGGCAAAAUUUCUCCCACCGCUGUGAAAGUACUAGAACAAGGGGCAAUCCUUUUGGCUGCCACAAUAUUCUUCCUUGCGACUACGAUUUCCUUGACACAGCAUUUCAAGUACGUCACUUGGGCUAUCUAUGUUGUCACAAUGAUAGUUGUUUUCAUAUGCAUACAAUUAUGUAAAUAAGGUUGUGAUACCAAUUUUUUUUAAUAAUGAUACAUUCAUAAUAAUUUUACAAUAAAUUUUAAG